ACCACCAUGGAUAUCUCAUGGCUGGUUUUCCCCAGCUUCUUCUUCGUCUUUCUCUCCUUUUACAAUUCCAUUCCACAUAUUUGACAACCAACCCACCUUUUUUUUUUUUUUUCUUCUUCUUAAAUAUACAUUAGCUUCCAUAUGGGUCAACCAUUACCAACAUCAUUAUUUUCAUUUUUAUUAUUAACACUUCAUCUAUCAUUACAAGGGGUCAUUUCAACAACAUUCACUCUAGUUAACCAAUGUAACUACACUGUGUGGCCAGCAUCAACCGGUAGAAACUUAACCAUAGCAGCCACAGGCUUCGUUUUGAAAACUGGUGAAUCUUUCAAUGUCACCGUACCCACUUCAUGGAGCGGCCGUUUCUGGGGUCGAACUCUCUGCACCACUGACUCAACCGGAAAAUUCUCCUGCCUCACCGGCGAUUGCGGCUCCGGCAAGGUCACGUGCGACGGCAACAGGGGAGGCUCGCCGCCUGCCACGCUGGCCGAGUUUACGGUAAACAGCCCCGGUGGCCUUGAUUUCUUUGACGUAAGCUUGGUAGACGGUUACAACGUACCCAUGCUGUUGGUUCCACACGGUGGUUCUAACGGCAGCUGCAACAGCACGGGUUGUCCGGCGGAUCUGAACGCCGUGUGUCCGACGGAGCUCAAGGUCACUGGCGGGGAGGAGAAGAAGCAAGUUGUGGCAUGUCAGGGUCCUUGUGCUGCGUUCAAUUUGCAGUAUUUUUGUUGUGCUGGGAAUCGUAAUAGUCGAGAUACAUGCGAGCCAAGUGUUUAUUCUCAGAUAUUCAAAACGGCAUGCCCACAGGCUUAUAGUUAUCCUUAUGAUGAUGAUAGGACAAGCAUGUUUACUUGUUCAUCUUCUGCAGAUUAUAAUAUCAUCUUUUGUCCCUCUACUAACACCAGCCUCAGAUUGCUGGAUCAAGGUGUAAGUGUUGGUGCCUCACUUACUGCUGGCAAUGGGACAACUCGGUGGCUUUCUCCUUCAGGCGAAUUUGCGUUUGGAUUUCACCAACUUCCUAAUAAUGAGCUUUUCCUGCUGGCUAUAUGGUAUGACAAAAUACCCGACAAGACCAUUAUUUGGUAUGCAAAUGGUGACAACCCUGCUCCUAUAGGAUCAAGGUUGGAACUAAAUGACUCUCGUGGACUAGUGCUAAGUAGCCCUCAAGGUACAGAGCUAUGGAGAUCAGAUUUCACAUCAGGUACAAUUUCCAGUGGUCUAAUGAAUGAUACUGGGAAUUUUCUGCUUCAGGACAAAAAAUUUGUGACAUUAUGGGACAGUUUUAGUCAUCCUUCUGACACAUUGAUGCCUAGUCAAGAAAUGGAGUUAAAUGGAAAUCUUUCUUCACGGCAAGGGGAGUUCAAUUUCUCACGUGGAAGGUUCAAACUUCAUCUACAAGAAGAUGGGAAUCUUGUGCUCAACCUUAUGAAUUUGCCGAGUAACUAUAGUUACGAGCCUUACUACAACACUGGCACUGCUGAUGCUAAGAAUAGUACAAAUGUUGGCUUGCGUUUGAUAUUUGACAAAUCAGGUUUGUUAUACAUACUGAAAAAAAGUGGGGAGAUGUUUAGUAUCUUCAAGCCAAAUGAGAGUGUCUCAACUGAUAGCUUUUACUACAGAGCAAUGAUCAAUUAUGAUGGUGUUGUCACCGUAGCAUAUUACCCCAAAGAUCCAAAAAAUGGACAAAGCUGGGUCAUUGCACAGACUAUACCAGAAAACAUUUGUAAUUCUACAUUCACAGAUGGUGAAGGUGUUUGCGGGUUUAAUAGCAUCUGCAUCCUCAAAGAUGACCAAAGGCCAAACUGUACUUGCCCAGAAGGAUACUCUCUAAUUGAUUCAAAUAACAUGUAUGGUGGAUGCAUACCAAAUUUCCAAGUUAUUUGUCAAGCAGGUGGGUAUAGGGGUUCACAGGAUGAUCUAUACAUAAUGAAGGACUUACCAAACACUGAUUGGCCUAAAUCUGAUUAUGAAAUACUUAGUCCUUCUAGUCUACAAGAAUGCACAAAAUCUUGUUUGCAAGAUUGCUUAUGUGUGUUGGUUACUUUUAGUGGAAGUUCUUGCCGGAAGAAGAAGCUCCCACUUUCGUUUGGGAGAAAAGAUCAGGGAGUAAACGGAACUUCUGUCAUGAAAUUGAUGAAAAAUGAUGAUACUCUCGCCCCUUUCCCAAACCCAAAUGGGAAGAAAGAUCAUGAUACUUUGAUCAUUGUGAUAUCAGUUCUAUUGGGAAGCUCUGUGUUUGUCAUUUUAACAUUGGUUGGUGCAAUAUGUUUCGGUUUCUCCUACGACCGCAAGAAGAUCAAAAGUAGUAGAACCAACAAUACUGUUGUUGACAGGAAUUUGCGCAAUUUUACCUUCAAGGAACUUGCAGAAGCAACAAGCAACUUCGGAGAAGAACUGGGAAGGGGAUCCUUUAGCAUUGUCUACAAAGGAACAAUAGAUAUGACUGGUGUGGCUGUUAAGAAAUUAGACAAGUUGUUGAAAGACAACGAUAAGGAAUUUCAGACUGAAGUGAAUGUGAUAGGCCAAACCCAUCAUAGGAACCUAGUUCGUCUGCUUGGAUAUUGCAAUGAGGAAGAACACCGGAUUCUGGUUUAUGAGUUGAUGAGCAAUGGCACUUUAGCAAGCUUCCUUUUCACUAAUUUGAAACCAAAUUGGAACCAAAGAGUAGACAUUGCCCUUGGGGUUGCAAGAGGGCUUGUUUACUUGCAUGAGGAAUGUUGCACCCAGAUCAUCCAUUGUGACAUAAAGCCACAAAAUGUACUUCUAGAUGAUCAGUACAAUGCCAGAAUUUCAGAUUUUGGGUUAGCAAAGCUAUUGUUGAUUAAUCAAAGCCACACUGAAACCGGAAUUAGAGGAACAAAAGGGUAUGUUGCACCAGAUUGGUUCAGGAGUGGACCUAUCACUGCUAAGGUUGAUACUUAUAGUUUUGGUGUGCUAUUACUAGAGAUCAUUUGCUGUAGGAAAAAUGUAGAAAAGGAGUUUGUUAGUGAAGAAAAGGGGAUUUUAACUGAUUGGGCAUAUGAUUGCUACAGGACUAAAAGUCUAAACAUUCUUCUAGAAAACGAUUGUGAUGCUGUCAAUGACAUGAAGAUUUUGGACAGGUUUGUCAUGAUUGCUAUUUGGUGCAUUCAAGAAGAUCCCUCUCUUAGGCCAACAAUGAAGAAGGUUUUGCUGAUGCUAGAAGGAAUUGUUGAAGUUGCAAUUCCCCCAAGUCCCUACCUUUAUGGUUCUGUUAGUUGCAAUUGAAAAUAGUUUCCUUUGUACGUUUUCUUUUCCUUGGUAUAGCUGCUCGUUUAGUUUUUCUUCAAAUUGAUUUUUCAUGUUACUUAAAUAGAUAUUGAGAGCAAUUAUUAAUAAUGAGAUGUUGAUUAAAUUGUACUUACAUA